UAUCUCUCUCUCUGUCUGUCUGUCUGUCUGUCCAGUACACUAGAAGCGCUUUCUCUGUGUUAUUCACACCCCCGCUCUAGGGGGCGCUGCCCACGAUCACGAAUCCUGCGUGUGCUUCUGUCCCGGCGGCGCAGCGUACGCGCAGGCGCUGAGGCUGCGUUCACCGAGAGCACUCUGCGCAGACUCCGACCAGUUCAGCCAAUGGGCGCGUUUCGCGGAGAUCAUUCUCGGAAGAUCAUUGGCUGAAUCGGAUGCGUGAGCCUCUGACGUCAGACCCGGCUGCGUUCACUGCAAUGGCGGCGGAGUCGUCCUUCUCGGUCGAGUGAAAUCUUCCGACAGCUUAAUUCACGACGUUUGUUUCGAAUAAAAUAUGAUGGAUAAUUUCUCGGCCCUUUUCGGGCAAAGCGAGCCGGCCGGACCGCCCGGGGCCUCGGCUCUGGGGUUCGGUUCUGGCCCGGGUCCGGCGCCGUUGUUGUCGGUUCAGAUGCAGCAGCUCGGCGGGGAGGAAGCCGUGAGAAAAGCCGCGGCCAUGAACCAGCCCUUCUACCUGCUGAGAGAAAUGCCAGUUGGUAACGAGCUCACUGGAAGCACUAACCUGAUCACUCACUACAGCCUGGAGCACACCUACAAUAAGUUCUGCGGGAAGAAAGUGAAGGAAAAACUCAGCAACUUCCUGCCUGAAUUACCAGGUAUGAUUGACAUGCCUGGCACUGAGGACACCAGCUCUCUGCGCUCCUUGAUUGAAAAACCUCCCAUCUGUGGGAACACCUUCAACUCCCUGACCGGGACCCUGCUGACUGGCUUCAGACUGCAUGCUGGACCGCUCCCUGAGCAGUAUCGCUUGAUGCACAUCCAGCCCCCGAAGAAGAAAAACAAACACAAGCACAAGCACAGCCGCCCCCAGGACCCCGUUCCCCCCGAAACACCUUCUGAUUCCGACCACAAGAAGAAAAAGAAGAAAAAGGACGACGACCCCGACAGGAAAAAGAAAAAAAAAGAAAAGAAGAAGAAAAAGAAUCGUCACAGCCCAGACCAUCUGGGCAUGACUGGCUCUCAGCCCAACAGCAGCAGCUUGCGGUGAAGUCUCAAACCGUUUUGAUUGGACGAAAGAAGAUUUCAUUGCGUUUUCAUCACAGAAGGACACCCGACUUCAACCCCUGCUGACCGUCUUUAAAAAUCCAUUCUCUCACCUCUUAUUAGCUUUAUUAACAGGAUCACUGACCCCUCCCUUUUUCAUCAAGCCUAUCGUUAGGGUGUCGUCUGUCUCGAUCCAACCAGAGCUUUUAAUAAGUGGUCAAAUUGUUUGAUUAUCUGGACGAAUUGAACGCGUCUCUCUCCGCGCCUAGAAACGUUUCGCAGGUCAUGUGUCUUCUUGAAUCGGGACAGUUUUGUUUCAACUGUAAGAGACUUUUCUUUUGGGGGGGGAGGAGGUGGGGAGGGGGGGAUACUAAUUUGCUUUAAUUAGACUCUUUAAAAAAUUGUUCUGGGCCCCUGAAAAGUUUCAGAGCUGAAAACCAUCAGACUGGUCUCACUUUUUAUAACUUGUGAUGAGUUCAAUUCAGGGUCUGGUUCAGUAACCCAUAGCUCAGCUUGAACAAAAAACAGCCGACAUACACACACACACACACAGGGGUGGGGGGACCCCAGAAUCAUGGCUCUACAUCCUGGUGACUCCUGCCUGCACACUCCUGCUUUCAAAGUGAAUGAAUGUUUCUGUGGCUAUUAUUAUUAUUAUUGUUGUUAUUAUUAUUAGGUAGUUUGUAUUUUGUGCAUGUUCUGUCGUAGAGGCGCACACACACACAAGCAGUCUUAGUUUGAAGAUUUCAUUUUUCUGUCGUUUUGUUUAUAUAUAAUUUUUUUUCUCAAGUCAAAUGUGUUGUUGUUUUUUUUUUUUUUGAUCUGUGUAAUUUUCAAUAAAGAAUAAUUUCUUAAGAUCUGUAUCUGGAGGGUUAGGUGCCACAGACUGACUGACAGGCAGUGGGGUAUUACACACACACACAGAAUCUUACUUUCAAGAUUGUGUCGUUGUUUUCAAUUUUUAUUUUAUUUUUUAUAUAUAUAUAUUUGUUGGAAAGGAAAAUAAAAACAAAUAUUUGAA